AUGGCUGAUAAUAAUGAGAACCUUACUCCUAGUGAACUUCUUCGAGCUGAAGCUCAUUCGUGGAACCAGCUUUAUUACUUCAUAGAACCUGUAGCAUUGAAGUGUGCACUUCAAUUGGGCAUACCUAAUGCCAUCACCAAACAUAGCAAACCAAUGACUCUUUCCGAACUUAUCGCUGCCCUCCCUAUCAAUCCUUCUAAAUCUCACUACUUUCACCGCCUUACACGAAUAUUAGUUCAUUAUGGCUUGUUAAUUCUACAUAAAUCUGAAGGUCGCGACAAUGAAAAUGAUGAUGAAGGGUAUUAUUCACUUGCAACAGCUGAUCGCUAUGCAGUGAAGAAUGCAACCUGGAAAUUGAUGGAAGAGCAAGAUACAUUUUUUCUAAAAGCAUGGAAUUCUAUGAGUGAUUGGUUCAAGAAUGAGGAUCCAAGUGCGUUUUACACUGCAUAUGGAGACCUUUUCUGGGAUAAACUUUCAAGAGAUCCGAGCAUUGGUAAUUGGUUUAACGAGAUCAUGGCUAAAGAAUCGCGAUCAUUCAUGAAAGUGUUAUUGGAAUAUAAGUAUAAAGAUGUGUUCGACGGAUUGACAUCUAUAGUGGAUGUUGGAGGAGGGACUGGAACUGUUGCAAUGGCCAUAGCCAAAACUUUCCCUGACAUGAAAUGCACAGUACUUGAUCUUCCACGUCUGGUGGCUAACUUACAGGGAAGCGAAAACUUGGAGUUUGUAGCAGCAGAUAUGUUCCAGAAAAUUCCCCCAGCUAAUGCUGUCUUACUCAAGUCAAUUUUGCACGAUUGGAAUGACAAAGAGUGUGUGAGAAUUUUGAAAAACUCCAAGAAGGCAAUAACAGGAAGGGGAAAAGCUAUCAUUAUAGAGAUGGUGAUGGAAAAUCCAGAGAUGGAUGAUGAAUCUGUCCAAGCACAACUCUUGAUAGACAUGGUGAUAAUGGUUUUCUUAGGUAGCAAAGAAAGGAACAAGCAAGAAUGGGAGAAACUUUUCUUAGAUGCUGGUUUUAGUAGCUACAAAAUUAACCAGACUCUGGGUUUGAGGUCUGUUAUUGAGCUCUACCCUUGA